CUAUCUCCGCAGCUGCUGCAGAAGCGUUAGCACGCCACUACUGCGAGCACUGAUGAAAUCUUCCAACUGAUUUCUCUCUCAAAGUACCCUUGCCUUAAAAUAUUUAAGGCCAGAAUCGGCUGAGUCCAGACCAAACAAAGAACACUCCUCACAUAAUCACCUCACCUUGUGCUGUCAUACGCUGAAGAGCCAGCAUGGCUUCCUUCACAUUGUCAACACUCCUCGGUGUUGCUGUUCUCUCUAGCAUGGCUUUGGAAUCUCACGGCGUUGGGAUAGAAUUGUUACAGGGUUCCUGCCCUGAUGGUUGGUUUUACCACAAUAGCCGCUGCUUCCGGCACUUUUCUGAUAAGAAGACUUGGAUCGAUGCAGAGGUAAACUGUAUUAAUCUUGGGGGAAACCUGGCCUCAGUGCACAGUGAAGAUGAGCAUCAGUUUCUUCAACAGCUCCAUUUGGCUUUUGACCGUGUUGAAAACGAAUACUGGAUCGGAAUGUCAGACCUGUACAAGUACAAUGGAUGGUUUUGGACCGAUGGUACAAAUCCACGUGACUUUUCAAAGUGGAGUCCCAGAGAGCCCAACCACACAGACAAUGUAGAGCACUGUGUGAACGCCAACUAUGGAGACUCGAAAGGCUGGAAUGACAACUCAUGUACCAGAACGUUUGCAUCCAUCUGUGCCAAGCGACUGAAUGACCUUCAGUACCAAGCUGAACCAACUCCAGCCAGCAUGGCUUCCUUCACAUUGUCAACAUUCCUUGGUGUUGCUGUUCUCUCAAGCAUGGCUUUGGUAUCUCACGGCGCUGGGACACAAUUGCUUCAGGGUUCCUGCCCUGAUGGUUGGAUUCACUACAAUUUCCGCUGCUUCCGGCACGUAAAUAAUAAGAAGAAUUGGAUUGAUGCUGAGCUAAACUGUUUGAAUCUUGGGGCAAACCUGGCUUCAGUGCACAGUGAAGAUGAGCAUCAGUUUCUUCAACAGCUCCAUUUCGGUUAUGACCGUGUUGAAAACGGCCCAUACUGGAUCGGAAUGUCAGACCUGUACAAGAAACAAGCAUGGAUUUGGACCGAUGGUACAAAUCCAAGUGACUUUUCAAGGUGGGUUCCUGGAGAGCCCAACAACGGAUGGAAUAUAGAGCACUGUGUGCACUCAAACUAUGGAGACCUGAAAGGCUGGAAUGACGUUGCAUGUACCGCAAUGUUUCAGUUCAUCUGUGCCAAGCGAUUGAGUGACAAACCUGGCCUCUAACCUAGCUGAACCAGCUCCAUGAUGAAGUUGCAUUGCAUUUCUUUUAAUAAAGUUCUGAGCAUUCAAUA